AUGCUGGUGGCCCAACCACAAGCUAGUCAUGGAAGACCGGCCGAACUUGAGACGCACUUAGCGCUUAAAUGUCCAGGUUGUCCUGAGCAUCUUAGCAAAAAGUGGCGUAAUUAUUUGGCUGUAAAAGAAACCUCCCAACAGUGA